UAGUCCCUAUGCAUUUUCGUCAUGAUUGCGUUGAAAACAAAACUGAAAGCAAAAAUUCCAAGAUAUUUACAACUAAAUUGAGCUUAAUUUCAUUGAGAAAAUCUCUACCAGCAAGAUGAGCAGAAUUGCURAUCAGAAUUGCUGUCAAGACAUUGAGUGUACAAACCUCAGGGUUUUCUUAGGUGAUGGCAGUGAAGACAUGUUGUAUACUGGACAGAUACUUCUCCAUUGUACCAUCCAGCAAGCAAACUUUUCUCCAUCUAAAGGAAAAAGGAAUGAGCCAACAUUUAGGUUUGGUGAUAUUCGUAGACGUCGUUGGGCUAGGCCACAUUCAAAAUCAUGUGCAUCCUCAAGAAAAAGCACAACAAAUGACAGUAGUAAGGAUUUAAAAUCAAUGGGAACAGCUGCCUCUUCAUCAAAUAAUACUCCUCAAACCACUCAGAAAAAACAGAAUACACUAUUGGACACUAACCAAAAAGUUAUUUAUCRUAAUGAUGAUAAACAGUUGAAGGGGGUUGAUGGCAGUAACACCAAGAAGGGAAGAGAAGAAAAACCUUCACUUAAAGACAAUCCUUCAGGGGAAAUCAAAGAUAACAAAAGUGGUGUUAAUGAGGGGAAAAAUUAUGCAGGGUCUUCCAAAGAAGAUAAAGACACCAUUGAAAAUAGUGCCUCACAUGUCAAAGACCACAAGAAAUCAAAGGAAAAUAAAAUUAAUGAAAAGAUUCCAGACUGUMYUUCAGCUUUUUCUCAUUCUGAAAAGACAACCAAGAAUCAUAGACUGUCACCAAGGAAAGAUAAAAAAGUUGAAUCCGGCGAGUCAACAGGCAGCCCAACCAUUUCAACGGAUAUUUUGCACGUCAACUCGGGUGAGGCCGAUAAUGCCAUUGCAGUUGAAAGGCAUUCUGGUAUUUAUGGAAUAUAUGAUGAUGAUGAUGUUGUUUCAAUGGACAAAUCAACCAAAAGUCCAACUAAACGGACAAUGAAAACAUAUGAUAAACGGAAAGAAGCUGAAAUACGCAGAACUUUGCUCAGUGCUCACAGCUCCUGCUAUGAAAUCCAGAGAUUUCUCAUUCRAUUACUUCUUGACAAGUUGAAAGGCUUUGGAGCCCAUCCAAAUGAUGAUCACACUWUAAAAGAACUAGAUGUUGACGAUCUUGACUCGUUGGUGUUUCUUCUCCAGAGUUUUCUAAAGUGUUUUGAUAUACAAGUUGGGUUAAACCAUAGUUUGGGUGUGCUAGUAGGUGGUGAUGAGGGAUAUGAAGAAAGCGAAGGCUUCAAUGUAACUGACAAAGAAGACAAAGAUGAACUAUUGGUAGAGUGUCGAUCACUUAUGAAUCACACAUCGUUUUCCAAARCGCUUGUCUGCACACAUCUAUCAAAUCCAUAUUCGCCUGACCUACGCUAUUCUUGUGGAGAAGACCGUGUAUUCUGCGCUGCCAAUCAGAAUUUCUGUAUCUACCUUCCCCACGGAGAAGGGAAACUUGAAAGCCUCUCGGGAAAACUAAUAUACCAGGGACAAUGGAAAAAUGGUAAAAGAUGGGGUUUUGGCAAGGCGUUUAUUUUAUCUGGAUCGGAGCUGAGUGCAAGCCCUAAGCAGUUUGGAAUGUACGAGGGAUCGUGGUGGAACAAUAUGAGGCAUGGUCAUGGACGAUUCGUGUUCGCUUCGAGUGGUGAAUACAAUGGUGGCUGGCAGUAUGAUAUGAUGUCUGGUAUGGGCACCAUGACCUACCCUGAUGGCUCCUCUUUUGAGGGUGUAUGGGACGAGGAUGAACCAGAUGGKUGUGGCAUUUUCUUGUGGCCAAACGGCGAURCCGAGUGUAGGGAUUGCAACAAAGGUCAAGUUCAAAGAUCUUUUCGACUUCGAGGAAAAGGCCAAUCGGUAUCUCCCUACAACGAUUCAUUGCGAGACUACGCUAUUUUGCGUAUCAAAUAUCAGAGCAUCCUUGAAGAGAAAACKCAAUUGCUACAGAUGAAUUCAAGACUGAGAGACAMUGCUGAACAGCAGUCUAAUCAACUUACGACCAUCGAGGAAAGACUGAAGCAACGCCAUGACGAAGACCUAAAGCGUGUCAAGCAAGAAAUGUGGGAAGUYUCCUUCAAGAAAAAGUUGAGCUUCGAACAAGAACACCAAGAAAAAUUAAGGACGAUGAAAGAAAGUCACGAAAGCAAGAUACAAGAGCUGGAAGAGAAGAUUGGUCAAGUGAAGAUCGAACUAGAAGCCAAUAAAGCGGCUGUUAUAUGUCAGAUCUGCUUCGACCGUGCACGUGACUGCAUUCUCAUGCCUUGCACGCAUAUGUUGUACUGUAGAGUUUGUAUAUCAAAGGAGAAAAGGGAAGGGCGGAAUCGAUGCCCUGCUUGUCGUUGCUCCAUAAGUGGAGAAAUUACCUGUAAUAUAGGAAAACAAUAAGAUUUAAAACGUUUCUCACUUAAAAUGCAUCCUGGGUAAUCAGGACAAACAGGCGAUGUGUAGCAACGCCAUUGUAUACAACAAAGCAUGAUGGUCGUUGUUAUGUUCCUCGUCCAUUUUCAUGUCCGAUAAAACAGUCCUUCUGAAAUGUUUUGCUUUAUUUCUAAGACAAAAUAGAUAUUAUUUGUCGUUUCUACAAAGAAACCCUAAGGGCAAGGGUUUUUAUAAGUACGAAGACUAUAACUACCAUCAUGCUUUGCGGCAUAAAAUGGCGUCGCUACACAUUAGACCUAUUAAAAAUACGAAAGUUUCAUUUUCACUAGUUUGGCGAGUGACACGCAAGGAGGGAGAAAAACGCGCGCGCUACGUGGCUAAGGGAGUAGAAUAAAAACAUGAAAAAUCGUGUUGUUUCCUUAUCUGUCUCUUUCUCCUCCGCUCACUUCACUGUGAGAGGUGACCGAACUUUUACAUCGAAGCAAGACGACCACUGAGCUUGCAAUGACAGACACCUGCCAAUAAUUGAAGAUGCACGUUCGGCGUUCAUCUCGCUUCUGUGCGCGAAAAACAGGUUCUUACCUAACAAGACCAUGAAGGAGACUGUAACAGGACAGCAUGGAUUUUUCUGAGGUCUUCAUUUGCUGUAUCGAUUAUAGGGAUUAUGUAUUCUCAAACUCAUUAAUAAUUCAUGACCUCAUAGUCCAAUCGGAUGUUUAUUUUAGAGUCACGUGCAUACCCUUGGAUACCAUGAUCCAACAUCGAAUGCUAAUUAGUUCCAAACCCGUGUGUUUAGAUAUCCAAAUUAGCCGAUAACAAAACGAGCAGGGGCCUGGGACUGAAAAUUCUAAAAGUGCUACAAUCUUACAGAAAUCUGUUGUUGAUAGAUAAUGCACAUAUAAAUUAGCUAAUAAAGUUUGAGCAAGUUUAA